AUGGCGACGGAACAACACCAGCAACAGCGGCAGAAAAUGUUAAAUUCUAAAGAUUUGGAAAAUGCUCUCGACUACAUUGCAACAUUUGGGAGGCCACACAAACAAGAUGAGACACUUCCACUCUUCAAUUACAUUUUUGAUUUGAAAGAUAAACUCAUUGGCCGAAUGUCCUCCCAUGAGGAUGUCCGCAUGUUUGUGGAGAGCGAUGCGGGAAGGCGCAUGUCGGAAGGACUUGUCAAGGCGCUGGACGCCGAUGGUGAUGGACAUGUCACGCCACGGGACCUUCAAACCAUAUACGAAAGCAAACUAAAAGGAGCAAUUCGUAACAACAGCGACACUCUCGACACGGUAAUUCCAUGGGCUGGUCAAUGGUUGGUUGGUAUUGGCUCCGGAUACCUCACCGGUCGCGUUAUUCGACGCGUGUAUGCGAGGAAAUAUUUCAUUACACUGGCCGGAGCCACCGUCUACACCGGUUUGCAAUUUUUGGCGCAGAGGAAUUUUAUCGAGCAACAGCUGCUGGAGGCGGCUUUCAAGCGAAAGGUAAAAGAACUUGCUGAUGCCAAUGGUGAUGGUGUGGUAAAUGCCGACGACUUAAGUUAUCUUGUGGAGAAUCGAAUGCGACAUGUGUCGACAAAACUCGGAUUCGGUGGGGUUGCGCCGGGGGUUUUGGGUUAUUUGGCUCUCGCUGUCGGUAUGCGGCGGGGACUGCGUCGUGUAUGA